AUGAGAUCAUGGGGUUAGUCCGUGGGUCUUUUAGGACCCAAAUUUUGGGCAAUUUACCGUAAAGAGGGUUUUACCAGAGCUCUUCUUAGAGGUAAAAUCUACAAACCAACCCAUGAGAAGGGAGGUUAUGAGGAUGAACUGGUGAGACUCGUAGGAACUGAUGAAUUUGGCAACAGGUAUUAUGAGGACUUUAAUCAUCACAACAAGAAUACAAGACGAUGGAUCGAAUAUGCAGACUAUAACAAAUGGUUUAUGACUCCAAAAAAGAUUGCUCCCGGAUGGCACGGAUGGUUGCAUUACACUUAUGAUGAUCCCCCAAAGAAGGACAACUUCGUGGAGCCUGCUUACAGACCUCACAGAACAGUGGUUUUCAAGACUGAUCACCCAAAUGCCUAUAAAAACCCUGGUCACUUGCUCAAUGAUAACAGAGCUGAGUACUUAGAGAGAACAAAAGCAAGAAAAUAUACUCCAUGGGAACCCCCUACUGGCUCAGAACCAAAGGAUGGAAAGAAAAUAGUAGUUCAGAAGAAGGAUCCUCUUGGAUAGGUCGUCGAAGAACUUGACUGA